AUGUUGAUGGUUGUAUAUGUGAAUGUUGGUGUGAACAGGUUUUGGGCCAUGGAUCCUGAACUUUUGCCGGUUACACCCAACGAGUACGGUACUUUCCAUGCAAUGGAUAGAGCGCUUUACUCUCUCCUUGCUGUCGAUCUCUGGCGUGAUCCUUAUGAGUCUGUGCAAAUUAUGGCCCUGUGGCUUUGGAUGGAGCGGCUAGGUUUCAAGAAUCUUGUAUUAACAAUCUUAUCUAUGCCCCCCAUGUUGAUAAAUAAAUAUGCUGACGAGGCUUUGACAUGUGUCAAAUGUGUUAAUGACCCUCAGUUUGUGCUUUCAGCUGAAGUCAAUGAAAUUCCUGCAACUUCUAGACUCGUGAAGAAGAGGAUCACUCUCCAAUAUUUUCAUGAGAAUAGGCCCAUUGUGGUGAAAGAACUUCGGAAUGUUGUAACUGAAACUUGUGCCAUGGCUUUACAGGAUGUCAUAGAGGAUGCUGUCAAGAAGCAUAAUGCAUACGAGUCUUUGGUUAACAGCUUUUCUAACUUGGGUUUUGUAGGUGAAGCAUGUGGAGACUACAGGAAUGCUAAUGGGGCAUCACAAGAGGAAAGGACCAUGUUUGUUACAUUUUCGAAGGGCUAUCCUGUUGCAGAAUCAGAAGUCACGGAGUUCUUCACUAAGCUGUUCGGGAAUUGCAUAGAGGCCUUCCACAUGCAACCAGUGAGGUCUGAUGAGCAACCAUUGUAUGCUCGAGUAGUGUUCUCUACGCCUAAAGUCAUUGACUUGAUUCUCGGUGGUGUUACCAAGGCCAAAUUCACCAUAAAUGGGAAGCAUCUCUGGAUGCGCAAAUUUGUGCCUAAACGCAAGAGCUCCUUCCCUCGGUCGCGUCGGCCAUAG